AAAGGCGAGGGGUAAAUGGUCUCUCUACGCAUGCGUGAGACGCCUUCUCAACUCCCCCGCGGCGUCUUUUCUUGGAACAAAACUAGCGCUGAGCUCCGCAGUUUGCGUAGACUCGAAUUUCCUAUUGCUCUCACGGUCCGUGUGGACUCCUCGAGUGGGGCAGUUCCCCUACGCUAGUUGCGUUAUUCGAAGUGAAUGGCUGGGUGGUGCGUAUACGCCCAGAGCGUAGCGCCCAUAGGCGGACGGGGUGCGGCUGCGCAAGGACUUGAGUGGGCCGUGUACGCCGCUAGCGUAGCGUGGUGUCCGACGCGCGGGUCUCCGCGACGCAGUUGGCGCAGCCGGCUUUGGUGAAUACACGAUUUGGUGCAGCCGGGGUUUGGUACCGAGCGGAGAGGAGAUGCACACGGCACUCGAGUGUGAGUGGGAUAAUAUGCACUGAAGAAACGGCAGGACAUUUACAUGUCAGACGAACAGAGCAACAUUCAUUCAGAGCAUCGCCUUUCACUAGCAUCUUCUAGUGGAAAACCAAGGAAAAAUAGAAAUGAAGGUACAUAUGCACACAAAAUUUUGCCUCAUUUGUUUGCUGACAUUUAUUUUCCAUCAUUGCAACCAUUGCCAUGAAGAACAUGACCAUGGUUCUGAAGAGCAUCACAGACACCAUCGUGGAAUGACAGAAUCGGAGUCAAGCGAAUUUUCAGUGCUGGAUGCUGAAAAUGAAAAAAAAUAUUAUAUUGAAAAACUUUUUGACCGUUAUGGUGAAAAUGGAAGAUUAUCCUUUUUUGGUCUGGAGAAACUUUUAACAAACUUGGGCCUUGGAGAGAUAAAAGUAGUUGAGAUUAAUCAUGAGGAUCUUGGCCACGAUCAUGUUUCUCACUUAGAUAUUUUGGCAGUUCAAGAGGGAAAGCAUUUUCACUCACAUAACCACCAGCAUUCCCAUAAUCACUUAAAUUCAGAAAAUCAAACUGUGACCAGUGUAUCAGCAAAAAGAAACCGUAAGUGUGAUCCAGAGAAAGAGACAAUUGAAGUGUCUGUCAAAUCUGAUGAUAAACAUAUGCAUGACCACAGUCAUCGCUUAUGUCAUCACCACUGUUUGCGUCAUCACCUUGAUCAUAACACUACUCGCCAUUUUCCUAAUGAUUCCAUUACUCACGGUGAGCAUGGGGAGCCUAGCCAUGAACCUUCAACAGAGACCAAUAAAACACAGGAGCAAUCUGAAAGUAAGCUACCAAAAGGAAAGAGGAAGAGAAAAGAGAAGAAAAGUAAUGAAAAUUCUGGGGUUAUUGCACCAGGUUUUCCCUCUAACCAUGAUCAGGGUGAACAGUAUGAACAUAAUCGGGUCCACAAACCUGAUCGUGUACAUAACCCAGGUCAUUCUCAUGUACGUCUUCCAGAACAUAAUGGUCAUGAUCCUGGUCAUGGACACCAAGAUCUUGAUCCUGAUAUUGAAGGUGAACUUCGACAUACUAGAAAGCGAGAAGCACCACAUGUUAAAAAAAGUGCAAUUUAUUCAGCUGCUAGUCACAAAGAUCAUAAUGAAGAUGAUCGUCAACAUGAGUGUUUGAACGUCACUCAGUUGUUAAAAUACCAUGGUCAUCGUGCCAACUCUCCAAUCUCAUCUGAUCUAUUUACAUACCUUUGCCCUGCUUUGUUAUAUCAGAUUGACAGCCGACUUUGUAUUGAGCAUUUUGACAAACUUUUAGUUGAAGAUUUAAAUAAGGAUAAAAAUCAGGUUCCUGAAGAUAAUGCAAAUAUAGGGGCAUCAGCGUGGAUUUGUGGUAUCAUUUCUAUCACUGUCAUUAGCCUGCUUUCCUUGCUAGGCGUGAUCUUGGUUCCUAUCAUUAACCAAGGAUGCUUCAAAUUCCUUCUUACAUUCCUCGUUGCACUAGCUGUAGGAACAAUGAGUGGAGACGCCCUUCUUCAUCUACUGCCCCAUUCUCAGGGCGGACAUGAUCACAGUCAUCAACAUGCACAUGGGCAUGGACAUUCUCAUGGACAUGAAUCUAAGAAGUUUCUGGAAGAAUAUGAUGCUGUAUUGAAAGGACUUGUUGCUCUAGGAGGCAUUUACUUAUUAUUUAUCAUCGAACAUUGCAUUAGAAUGUUUAAGCACUACAAACAGCAAAGGGGAAAACAGAAAUGGUUUAUGAAGCAGAAUACAGAAGAAUCGGCUAUUGGAAGGAAGCUUUCAGAUCAUAAAUUAAAUAAUACACCAGAUGCUGACUGGCUUCAGCUCAAGCCUCUUGCCGGAACUGAUGACUCAGUUGUUUCUGAAGAUCGACUUAAUGAAACUGAACUGACGGAUUUAGAAGGGCAGCAAGAAUCCCCUCCUAAAAAUUACCUUCGUAUAGAAGAGGAGAAAAUCAUGGACCAUUCUCACAGUGAUGGAACGCAUGCCAUCCAUGAGCAUGACCUCCAUGCUGCGGCCCAUAACCACCAUGACGAGAGUAAAACUGUGCUGAGGAAGCAUAAUCAUCAGUGGCACCACAAACAUUCUCAUCAUUCACAUGGUCCCUGUCAUUCUGGAUCAGAUCUGAAAGAAACAGGAAUAGCUAAUAUCGCUUGGAUGGUAAUCAUGGGAGAUGGCAUCCACAAUUUCAGUGAUGGGUUAGCAAUUGGAGCAGCUUUCAGUGCUGGAUUGACGGGAGGAAUCAGUACAUCUAUAGCUGUCUUCUGUCAUGAACUGCCACAUGAAUUAGGUGAUUUUGCAGUUCUUCUUAAAGCAGGCAUGACUGUAAAGCAAGCAAUUGUAUACAACCUCCUCUCUGCCAUGAUGGCUUACAUAGGCAUGCUCAUAGGCACGGCUGUUGGUCAGUAUGCCAAUAACAUCACACUUUGGAUCUUUGCAAUCACUGCAGGCAUGUUCCUCUACGUAGCCUUGGUGGAUAUGCUUCCAGAAAUGCUGCAUGGCGAGGGCGACAACGAGGAGCACGGCUUCUGCCCAGUGGGACAGUUCAUCCUGCAGAACUUGGGGCUGCUGUUCGGAUUCGCCAUCAUGCUGGUAAUCGCCCUCUACGAAGACAAAAUUGUGUUCGACCUCCAGUUUUGACCACUCCCAGCAGUCACUGCUGAUGCUGAGAAUGUCACCAUGCAGCUUUGCAUCUAUUCCUUGUAUUGUAAGCACGGCGCUCAAAGAAAAGCCAGUGGCUUGCACUACUUACAAGUUCAUAGAUUUGAGCCUAACCACAGAGACCAGUGCUCAGUGCUGUUUUCCCUGCAUGAAGGGGUCUUUUACAAAUAUAAAACUUGUGAUAAAGAAAGGAGGAAAUGGGACUCCAUGAACCAGUGUUGAUAUAGGUUUGAUUAAGACUUUUUAUAAAGAAAUAAUCAUAUAAAAAACACUAAAGUAGUCUCUAUUAGUAGAAACUUCUGUGGCUAUGCAAAAAUAGAAACUGAACCGAAAAGAAAAAAAAUCACUUAAACUUUUAAAAAUAUUUCAAAUGGACUUCGGGCAGACUUUUCUUUGUGCUAAAAGUGAAUUGCAGUGUCCCUUAAUUCAGCUGCAUAUGGAAAUAGGGAUCAACAUGAUAUAGCUUUGAAGCUACAUAAAAUAGGACUGUAGCGCUAGAGGAAGCUCAGGGUGCAUUAGAGUAUGGAUUUAGCAUCGGGACAAAGGCCCUUAUUCUUUGAGUCUAGAGUUACUAUUUUUGUAUAUAUUUGCAUAGGGUUUAAACUUGCAGCCUAAACUACUGAAAUUUGUGACUGUACAUUUGUGUGAGCUUCAGUUUAAUGAAAGAUUCAUAAUGGUUCUUUGUAUUAAUAUUAUACUUGUUGUUUGGGCUUUCUUUUUUUUAACUUUUAUUUUUGUUUCAGGUUUUUUGGUGAGGGUAAGGGGUUUGGAGCAUGUGGUAAAAAAAAAAAAAAAAUUUUUUUUUCCUUAAAAUUGUAACCCUUUAGAAAAUAUCAGCAAAAUGAAGAACCCAAACAUGGUCUAAAUAUUCAGACACCCUACUUGAACAGAAAUAAUGAGUUACUUGGGAAGUUUACGUUUUAACUGUACACAGUGCUCUGCCAGUUUGGCCCUGGAACCUAGAGCACGCGCUGCGGCUGGCAGUGAGGCUGUGAGGCAGCGGUUCACCGCGGCCACAGUCUGCACGCGGAGUGUAGGAACGGUUCUGAGGGUACUCUCCACUGAUGCCCUGGCUGUCGUGGUACCUGGUGACUUGGAAGACGCAGUUACGUAACUCGGCUGAAAUCACUUAUUUUGUGCCAACAUGUGCUUUUCGUGCCUGGUAGGGAUUAGUCUCUUUUUUAGGUGCCCUGUUCUCCUGCCAUAAAUGGUGAACGAUUUGUGAGAAGUGCAAGCCACAUUUACCCUGAAUUUUGGCCUAAUAAGUUGUAGUACUAACCAUGCAUGUCGCUUUCUGUUUACAUCUUGUGCCACAUGCUCUGCACUUAUGCCAGGUAAACUGUAUGUGAACUGCCUGCAGGCAGCUUUAUUUUGAUCUGCUUGGCUACCUGUGUAGUGGCUUUAAAAAUCUUAUUGUUCAGAAACUUAAGAGCCAAACUCGUUCCAUUCCAUUUAAAAUGUUUUCAGUUAGUCCUCCUCCUUUCCCCAGUUCCUUUUCUCUUACUCCAUAAACUUUAAAACAGAACCGAGAGCAGCACAUGCAUCCAGGUAUUAAGAGUAUUGCCAGUGUUUCUCCUGUGUGGUGUAAGCAAGGGGCUCAUUAGGUGUUAGUUCCUUCAUUUAUGCUUGAAUUUGAAAAAUUAUUUCUUGCUUUCUUCAUGGCUUCCUGUAACAAGUAGGAGUUUUAUACAUAGAUUACUUUCAGCAUUGGGCACUGAAUUGGGACAGUCCUCAUCUCAUUGCUUGACCCUUCAAGCAACCUGGCUAAAAGGUGCUGGUAUUUUAUUUAGUACUGCCAACUUCAAGUGACUCAGAUAUCUUGCUUUCUGAACCAAGGUAUAUUUAUAAUUCAUUCUGGGGUCUUUAUGUCCAAGGAGGAUUCUGCAUUCCAGCAUUAAAUCUUCUUACUUUUAAAACUUUUAUGAAAAGCAACAGCUGGAAUAUACUCCCAGUCUUAAAAAUAAAUGCCUGAUUUAAA